AUGGAUCAAAACGAAGAGAUGCCAGUUGCUAAAAGAAUAAGCAUACUAUUAUUGCGGCUGCACAGGUUAGCUCUAACACAUCCAUGGAGUGUAAUGCCUAUUGUAGCUAGUUUGGUAGAAACAUAUUCAUUAAAUAAUUCAAAAGAUGCAAAAAAAACCAAUAAUAGUGAAAAUACUUAUUACACCGUACCAAUGAGCUUGAGCUGGCUAUUAAAAUACUAUGCGAAGUAUAUUCUAAUUGUGGCCUGCUUUUUAUUAAUAUUUAGUGGGUUGUCUAAAAUUGAAAAUACAAUAUUUAAAUUCUUGUUUAAAGUACAUAACAACAAUCCAAAUAUAAUAUAUAAUAUUGUAAUUGCAUGGUUUUAUAUUGUUAGGCUUUUAUGCUACGUUAUAUGGAUAUGUGCAUGGGCAUGCGUGUUUUUUAUUCCUAUGAUUUAUGUAUUGGAACAUUCUAAAUAUAAGAUAAGAAACACGAUAGUAUAUAUCAUAUUAACAGCAAUGAUAUAUAUGGUUGCAGGCCUUAUCUUCUAUGGUAUUAUAGAACUACCAAAUAUUUUUGAAUGCACAAAAUAUUAUGGAAUCAUAAAAACCACUGCACAGAGUCUGCCUAUAGUAUCUGCUGUAAUGUUUAUGUGCACAACACUAUAUUUAAUAUUUCAAACUCGUAGAUCUAAAAAGUUAGCUAUUUUAAAGACUAUUAUUGGUAUACAUUAUAUUAAUGUAAUAAUAUUAUGUCUUAUUGUGCUUAUAUAUAGUUAUAGUACUAAUAGUUUGAUAAUGCUUAAAUCUAUCAAAAGCAUAUACAAAUGA